GAAUUUGAUAGGAAGACUAGAGUAACACUGUCGUCCGUCAAUCAGUCCGGCUAUCUCCAGAAGAUUAUACCUACACAAUAUACCGGUUGUCGUGUUGAGAGUUGAGACAUUAUUUCAAGAUUGACAUUGGGUCUAUAAUAUAUAGUUCAUAUUUUUGCAAAUAGUUGUGAUUAGGUCUUUUGUCUAGGUCCUGUUGAUUAUAAAAUUAGUUCCGAAUCAUCUGUACUGACUGAUGGAUCAAAUCUUUUAGAAAAAGGAUUUCAACACAUAAUAACUAAAAGAGAACAAAAAAACUGAAAAAUACUUUAUAGUGAAAAUUUAAAGUGUAAAUUAUAAAUUUAAAAAAAAGAAAGAAAUUUGUGAUCUUCAAGAUUUUUUUUUACUGUACAUGAACUGUUUGCCUUUAAAGCAAAUUAAUAUUUUUUUACUUCAGUGAAUCUUAAUGCAUGAUGCUUAAGUUUGAAUAAAGUUUUAAAUAAAACAAAUUUUAAAAAAUCUCAUCCUUUUUUCAAAAAAGAAGAUAAUAAAAACAUCAACAUCAAAAACACAAAUAAUAAAAUGACUGAACCAGAGAUUGUGAUAACCCCAUCGAACGAGACUCCUUCAAAGGCAAGUCUUAUUGUGGUCUCCAAUAGGCUGCCGUUUGUCCUUAUAAGAAAUCCGAAAACGAAAGAUCUCGAAAGGAAAGCCAGUGCUGGUGGUUUGGUAACUGCAGUUUGCCCCGUUGUAAUUAAGGGCAAGGGUCUUUGGGUUGGAUGGUCUGGUAUGCACUUAGAUGACCCCAAUGAACCCAUUCCUGAGUCGAAUCCUGAUGAUCACACACCUACUGCUGGACUUAAGUCAGAACAAGUUGUUUCGGUGAAUAUCGAUCCAGUUGUUUUCAAUAGCUACUACAAUGGUUGCUGCAACAACACAUUUUGGCCACUUUUCCACUCAAUGCCGGGUCGUGCGACAUUUGGAGCAGAUCACUGGAGAAAUUAUGUCAAGGUCAAUAAAUACUUCGCGGCCAAGACCAUUGAAGCUUUGGAAAAGUGUCUAAAACUGAAAUCAUCAAACAACAAUACCACCAGCAACGGAAACGGAAAUGGAAAUCCUCCGAUAGUCUGGGUCCACGAUUAUCAUCUUAUGUUGGCUGCCAAUUGGAUACGAGAGCAGGCCGAAGAAAAGAAGUUACCCUUCCGAUUGGCAUUCUUCUUGCACAUUCCAUUCCCGCCAUGGGAUAUCUUCCGUUUGUUGCCAUGGUCUGAUGAAAUCCUCCAGGGAAUGUUGGGUUGUGACAUGGUUGGUUUUCAUAUUCAGGAUUAUUGUUUGAAUUUCGUCGAUUGCUGUCAAAGGAAUUUGGGUUGUCGUGUUGAUCGCAACAAUCUUUUGGUCGAGCAUGGUGGUCGUACUGUGCGUGUACGUCCGCUGCCAAUUGGAAUUCCUUUUGAGCGUUUCGCUUCGUUGGCGAAAAACGCCCCCAAGGUCCUUAAGACGUCUAAGCAACAAAUCAUAUUGGGAGUCGAUCGAUUGGACUACACCAAGGGGCUUGUCCAUAGAUUAAAGGCUUUUGAAGCUCUGUUGGAAAAGUACCCACAACACAAGGAGAAAGUAAGCUUACUCCAGAUCUCCGUCCCAUCUAGAACUGAUGUCAAGGAAUAUAGAGAGUUAAAGGAAGAAGUUGAUCAGUUAGUCGGACGCAUCAAUGGACGAUUUACCACAGCAAAUUGGGCGCCAAUUCGUUACAUCUAUGACUAUGUUGCCCAAGACGAGCUGGCUGCCCUCUAUCGAGAUGCUGCCAUUUGCUUGGUUACACCAUUGCGAGACGGUAUGAACCUUGUGGCUAAGGAAUUCGUCGCAUGUCAAAUCAAUCAACUUCCUGGAGUACUUGUGAUAUCACCAUUCGCUGGAGCUGGGGAAAUGAUGCACGAGGCAUUGCUCUGCAAUCCAUAUGAGGUGAAUGAAGCAGCUGAGGUGAUUCAUAGGGCACUUACCAUGCCGGAAGAUGAAAGAAUUCUUCGAAUGAGUAGACUGAGAAGUCGGGAAGCUGAAACCGAUGUGAGCCAUUGGAUGAGAUGCUUUUUGAAGGCCAUGGGAUCGUUUGAUGUUGAUGAUGUUGGUGAGACUACAAUGCAACCUGUUUCUGUUGAUGACUUCGAUGACUAUCUUCUUAAGUACAUCGGCUAUAACCACAAACUAGCACUGUUGCUGGAUUAUGAUGGUACAUUGGCUCCAAUUGCACCACAUCCAGAUUUGGCUACACUUUCACCAGAAUUGAAGAAUGUCCUUUUCAAGCUUUCGAACCAUUCUGAAGUUUAUGUUGCUAUUAUUUCGGGAAGAAGUGUGGACAAUGUGAAGAAAAUGGUUGGCAUUGAAGGAAUCACAUACGCCGGAAACCAUGGUUUGGAAAUUCUCCAUCCAGACGGAAGUAAAUUCGUACAUCCUAUGCCAAUUGAAUUUGAAGAGAAGGUUAGCCUUCUUCUGAAGUCACUUCAAGACUCGGUUUGCCGUGAUGGAGCUUGGGUUGAAAACAAAGGUGCCCUUCUAACUUUCCAUUACCGAGAAACACCAGCUCACCUUAGGCCUCCAAUAAUUGAGAAGGCUCGAACGUUGAUAGAAAAGUUCGGCUUCAAAGCUACCGAAUCACAGUGUGCUCUUGAAGCUCGUCCUCCAGUACAGUGGAACAAGGGUCGUGCUUCGAUUUAUAUUCUUCGGACAUCAUUUGGUGUCGAUUGGAGUGAACGUAUUAAAAUUAUAUACGUUGGUGAUGAUUGGACAGAUGAAGAUGCCAUGGUGGCACUAAAAGGUAUGGCAAGAACUUUCAGAAUUUCUUCUUCGGAUAUUGUGAAAACGGCAGCCGAUCAUAGAUUACCAUCAACCGAUUCCGUUUACACGAUGUUAAAAUGGGUGGAACGACAUUUUAUGGGACGUAAGGCUCGUGCUAACUCACUGACCUACCGCAAUCGCCGUGAAGAUGGUGUUCAAACACAAAUGUCAUUAGAAAUUAAUUCGGCGGCGAGUAAUUUCGACAGUGCCAAUGUAUAGUUAGAAAAAAAGAAGGAAGAAAAUCUGUAGUUAAGUUAUCUCUAGAAAUUCUCUAUUAUUGUUUGUGUAUUCAAAUCAAUGAAAAAUGUGCUUUGUGUUAAAUGUUUGAUGUAUAAUGUUUAAAGUUUAGUAAAUUUUAAAUGUUAAAAAAAAACUGAA